GCAGCAUCGCCGUGACAGCGGGGACACCCGUGGCUGUGGCCACGUGUUCAUAAAAGGCCAGGCAAAGCAAACCUCCCGCCCACCGGGAGAGGAACGGGCCGUGCUCAGGGAUGCUACCCAGGGCACCAGGGGUCAAGGCGGAGAGACAGACAGACCGACAGAGGAAGGUGUCUCCAGGCGCAGCCAAUCGCAAUCCCCGGCGCUCGCUCCCACCCCCUGCCCUGCAGCCGGCGGCGGCCGCGCCGCGUGUGACCCUGCAGACGGCGGUAGCUGGUGUGUGGCGCUUGUCUCGGCCAUGCCGUUCCUGGAGCUGGAGACCAGCCUCCCGGCCGCUCAGCUGCCCCAGGGCUUCGCCGGCAAGCUGUGCUCGGCCGCCGCUGCCAUCCUGAGCAAGCCCGAGGAGAGGAUAAACGUCACUGUGAAGAGCGACUUGCCCAUGGUGGUUGGCGGCUCCGCAGCGCCCUGCGCUCAGCUGCUCGUCUCAUCCAUCGCAGUGGUGGGAACCGCGGAGCAGAACAGAGGGCACAGUGCCAAGUUCUUUGAGUUCCUUACCAAGGAGCUGGGGCUCGGUGCAGACAGGAUUCUGAUCCGUUUUUAUCCACUGGAGCCUUGGCAGAUUGGCAAGAAAGGAACUGUCAUGACUUUCUUAUGAUCUCUUCAAGAAACCCAU